ACUUAUACGAAAACUGCGUUACUGCGCAUCAUGACUCCAAGGUCAGCUGCUGAGUCAAAACAAUUGCCCCCAGAGGUACUAUGCUUACUCCAUAAGUCUGAUCUCAGUGCAGAUGACUUAAGGAAAAUUUAUAACUAUGCUCAAGCUAAUCCAGUGCAUCUCAGCCACCACAUAAGUCGUCUGGAAGUAUUAUUGACCAAACUAAUUAAUCCUGUGGAAUGUAGUUGUUCAAGCAGAAACUCUGUGCAUUUCGACUUUGCCUGCAAAAAUGUGGAAUACGAUGAAAGGCUCCAGCUUUCCGCCGCAUGUUUCUCCUUAAUCCCAUUUUUAAAAUUCUCCCCUCAGCGUCUUCAGGAGUUCCAGUUACGUCUAUCCAAAUGCCUUUGUGACUCAUUGUCCUGCCUCUUCGGAAUUCAUGGUUUGCCUCACGUAACUUUAUCGACCGUUCAAGCGUAUCUAAAUUCGAAGGUAGACGAUUUUUCAUGUAUUAUUUCGGUAGACAAAAUCAAAAAGCUACCUGACGACUUCUCCAAGUUGCUGAUUAUGCGUGUUGAUUUUCUCACUUAUUGCUUACGUUAUAUCUUCACGCGUGAUUCUCCAAUGCACAUCAAUUUUUGCUUACCUAUGUUUGUUUCCAUAUUUAAUGGUUUUUUCGAAGUAAGAUUGACGGACGUGGCUAAUAUGCCAAGUAGUCUGCUAAAAAGUUCUAGUCGUCUCAUGUUAUGUUUAGAUACAAUGUGUCAAGCUGUUGGUACAGUAAUCAUGCCCGCUGUUCCUUGCUUGUUAACUCUUGUCACAUACCACUUAGAAUGGACUGCGAGCUGGCGAGUUGAAAGUAAAAAUAUGGAGUAUUUUGUGCGCCUGCGUUUGGCAGCUUUUUCUUGUUUACUCCAUCUCACCACUGCGAGUUUAAAGUUUUCGUACGCAUAUUUUAUGGAAAUGAUACCACGAAUAUUUUCUCAGUUGGUGUAUGAUUUACGAGGAUUUCUUUCUACUUGUCAAUGUACGUAUCCAAUCACAUCCACCAAUGCUGUUUUCAAUAAUGACCAUCCGAAACCUCAAGUAACUUCACUUGGACUGUUUGAAAAGCGUAUGCUGUUGGCGAUCCUGCUCCUAGUAGAAUAUAUUUUUAAAGACCCAGGAGUUCUGCGCUAUAUCGAACUCUCCAAAGCAAUAGAUUCCAGUUGCACGACUGGUAAAGAAAAUCCCUCAAGUCAUACACCUGUUCAUAACGAAGUGAACAGUCUUCUAAUCUGUUUAACCAGCUUACUCUCACAUAUAAACGUUGUUCUUAGUUAUGGAGUGUCUCAUACUCAGCGACAGAAAAAGAUCAGUACCAUGAAUUUAGUCAGUCCACCCCUGUUAAUUGCUCUAGCAAAAGCUUCUUUUGCAUGUGCCAUGUCUACUCGUAGUCAAACGUUUCAUGUCACUGUUCGAAGAUUCUUCGCCAACCUCACGAAACAUUCAGACAGUGUGGUAAGUUUAAUCGCACUAGGUAAUUACCAUCAAUUAUGUGGUGCAAAUAUCAGCAGUUCCGUCAGUCACGAAGAUUCAGAGAUAUGUAGAAACACUCUGUCAAGUAAUCAACUUACUCCUCAAACGAAGCUUGUCUUACCCGAUGAGAAAUAUAAUGUCGUCGAAUAUACUUCGGAAGUAUGUUCUUCAAUUAAGAUUUCAAAUCCCGAACAGGAGGGACCUCCCGUCAAGCGCCUUCGAAUUACGGAGUCACAUACAGUUGCACAAGCUACUGAGAUAUGUUCAAAUGCUAUCUGUGGUGCUUUAGAAGCUGACGUCCCACCUAGAAUUCAACAAGAGAAUUUGCCGUUAUCUGGUGAGCGAAACGUUCUUGCAUCAGAGGAUAUAGACAGUUUUCUGACCACUUUUGAUCCGACUUUUAUGUGAUUCUUUGAUACUUUUACUUCCAUCCAUACCUUUGUAAAUAAAACGCUGUUAUUGUUUGGUUAAAAGAAUAUUAAGAAUAAUUCAAUAUGUUUAUCCUCUCAGCUAUGGCAAUGCGUAAAUCGUCACAUCUAAAUUGAGAAGUCGCUUGCAAGUUCUCCGUCUUACUAACUGCCUUUUCUGUGGCUUUUGUUUAAGUCAUGAAAAACGUAUGUAUGUUUCCUACCAAAUAAGCAUAUUGCACAACAACCAGAUUACUUAACUGACAUUUCGGUUUCACCUCGUUACAUAAUUAUAAUACCGCAUUUGAUUUAAAAACUUAAGUUCAACAAACGUUACUAUUGUGUGUAAACGAUAACGAGUUCAGAUAAUGUUUAAGAGACCUAUGUAUUAAUUAUAUGUAUUGUUUGAUUGUUCUUAACAAAGAAUGGAACAAAGUAUAAGUCACAGAAUAAACAACCAUAAUAGUAAAGUGCUAAUCGCCUGUGUUAAAGUUAUUGCAUUUGUUGUGUCGAUUUAAUAAUCAAACGUCAAAAACUUCUGUUGGGUUUUGCGACCAUGAUCACAGGUUUGUGGAACCUCAACCCUGAUCCUUUAUAUCAGGUUUUUACUUCUAAGUGAUCAAGUCACAGUCCCGUUCCAUACCUCAUUACUUCCCCACUUCGUUCCUUACAUCAUUCUCAUCGUUAGUCUAUACUACAUCAACCCACCAGGUACUUAGAAACAACCCACAUGCUAAGGGUGAGGGAUAUUAUACUGACUGACCAUACAAACUGAAUUAACAUUAAUCUACACUCACCACCGUUCUUCAAAUGUGUAAGACAUUUUAGUAAUUCAAGCUGUUCGGACGUGAAAUUCAAAAUCAGAAAAGUAUGUUGUGUUUUUGACACAUACAAACAGAACUAAGCUAUGGUUAUCCACUUAACCUCACCUCUAUAUCGUGGUGACCCCAAACGAUUAACUCCUUGGUUAUCUGAAUAUUCAAUACCGACAUGAGUAGAUAUGGAAUUAAGCUUGAAAACAUACUAUUCAUCUGUGAACUGUCUCUUAAAAUUUACAUGUGCAUUUCCAAACUGAUUGCCACUUCAUGAACUGAAAAGCUCGAUAUAUUAUGUAUCACCUGUUGUUUAGAAUCUUUCUAUACUUUUGUUGGACAUAGUUUGAAAAAAAUAAAGGGAAGUUUCUGUCAGCAGCUUCCAGAUUUACAUAAGGACAGACGAACAAGUGAAAUGCAUCAGGAUUAAGUCAAACAGGAAAUACUAGUGUGGAGGGAAAAUCUAGUCUCCACUCUGUCUCGAAACAAUGGUAAAUACUGGUCACAAUCCACAAAAUGCUAUGUUGGAACGGCUGUCAGUGUUAUUGAUAGGUGUAUCCCCAAUAUAUUUAAUGGAUGUAGUAGAUAAAGACAAACGAUACGAAGUUUCAAAUUAUAAAGAUAUGAGGCUACUCCGGAGAAAAAAAUCAGUGGUUAUACCAGACUUAUAUACUGAAAUGAUGGGUGUAACACCGCAACAACAAAGGGCCCUUUGUUCUCUUUUGCCUACCAACAACUUGGAUAAACUACUCGCCUAAAGUUUUGAUGCGUGGGCGAGAUCGACUAGUUGUUUGCUUACUCAGACUUGUAGACAGAUGAGUUAUAUAUUCUCCUGUUAUUAUUGUUGGAUUGUGUCGGUUUUUGGUGUGGAAAUAUAUUUAAGUUCCAGUCAGGCUAAUCACGUGUUUUUUUUAUCUGAGUUGUGUUGAAGUGUAGAUAUUCGUCUGAGGCAGAUGAACGUCUCAAGACGUGGAAAACCGACCGUCAUAACAAGGCUCCAGUUUUAGCAAUGUAAACGUUUCUAGAGGUCUUUGUUACGAUAAAUGAAGUGUGGGAAAAGUUGGAACAAUCCGGAUUAUUCACAUUUUUGUUGUGUAAUUAGUAGGUAACUUUGCCAUAAUCUCUUUAUUGUAAACUCCCAGUCAACCUAUCAAUUAUUAUGCCUUUCACUGUUCCUCAGUUAUUGCUAAUUAAUUAUACACUGUCUGCUCCGCUUUCUGUCACUUAUAACAUAACUCUGUCUAAAGUAUGCUUUGUGGUCUGGUAAUUAAUUUAUGUAAGCCGAAUGUUUCAGGUAGCUGUUGUGCCAGCGGGCUCGGCUAGGUUGUUGAAAACUUCUCUCAAGACUGGGAUCUUAAGGAGAGGUAGAGUAGCAGAAAUUAACGGGCUAACUCC